UGUUUCUGUGCCGCCGUCUCUCUCUCUUUUUUUUAAACCCCUCCUCCCCAUUUCCCCCCUCCCUCCGCCGUCUGCCUUGGGCCUAUAAAAGGUCCGCCUGGCGGGGGUUUCCUUUCUCAGUCCGCAGCCGCGACGAGGGGCUGGAGGCGCCUUGGAAGGGAAGCCGGCGGUGGAUUGAAGCGACGACGACGACGACUAACUGAAUUCUGGUCUCUGGGCCUUUUCUCCGAGCGGCUGAGGCGUCCUCGGUCGUCGUCGUCGUCCCUCAGGCGGACCGGGUGUGGGUGUUUUGUGAGGGAGGGGGGUCUCAAUUCAAACUCGGGUCGACCCGGGCCGCUGUUCCCUCAGGGCCGCCUGACGGGCCCUGCUUCUCCUCCACCACCACCUCCUUCUCCAGACAGCCCCCCCCUUCCUCGACGGCGCCAUGAGCUCGGGCACGCCGUACAUCGGGAGCAAGAUCAGCCUCAUCUCCAAGGCGCAGAUCCGAUACGAGGGCAUCCUUUACACCAUCGACACCGACAACUCCACCGUCGCGCUCGCCAAAGUGCGGUCCUUUGGAACUGAAGAUCGUCCUACAGACCGUCCGGCACCCCCUAGGGAAGAGGUUUAUGAAUACAUCAUCUUCCGAGGGAGUGACAUCAAAGAUAUUACUGUAUGUGAGCCUCCGAAAGCACAGCAUAACCUGCCCCAGGAUCCUGCUAUUGUCCAAUCUUCCCUGAGCUCUGCCUCAGCAUCCUCCUUUCAGCCACAUGUGCCUUACAGCCCCUUCAGAGGAAUGCCACCCUACAGCCAGCUUGCUGCCAGCUCUUUAAUUGGCCAGCAGUAUGCAGCUUCCCUUGGUUUAGAAAAACUGGUAAGCCCUCCAGCAUCAGCAGCUGCUUCCAGUCCUAGCACUUCUUCAUCUCCUCAGCCAGUUUCAGAGCCUGACUUGCCAUCAGAGACACACCUGCUGUCUUCUAAGGGUGCAGCUUUUCCCUCGGUUCAUUCCAUGCGCAAAAGUCCUAUGGUAGAACAGGCUGUUCAGACAGGCCCCAUUGACAGCAACUUGAAUCCCAAGAAGAUUCCUCCCAUCAAAGCCACUCCAGUGAUCCAGCGUAACACACGCCAGAUUCAACAAAGUAACAAGACAAAUGAUACAGUUGAGCCAACCCCUGUACAAACACAAGGGCAGGUGAAUGAUGAGAAUAGAAGGCCCCAGAGGAGGAGAUCAGGAAAUAGAAGAACACGGAAUCGUUCCAGAGGGCAAAAUCGACCGACUGCUGUAAAAGAAAAUACCAUAAAAUUUGAAGGCGACUUUGAUUUUGAAAGUGCAAAUGCACAAUUCAACCGAGAGGAGCUAGAUAAAGAAUUCAAGAAAAAACUCAACUUUAAAGAUGAUAAAGUGGAGACAGGUGAAGAAAAGGGAGAACCUCCUGUGGCAGCCGAGAAAUGUGAUGCGAAUGCUGAUGAAGACCUCCUGGGACCGAAUUGCUAUUAUGACAAAACAAAGUCCUUCUUUGACAACAUCUCCUCUGAACUGAAAUCUAGUUCAAGGCGUACAACAUGGGCUGAAGAACGGAAGCUCAACACAGAGACAUUUGGCGUGUCUGGGCGGUUUCUCCGUGGCCGCAGUUUUCGUGGUGGGUUUCGUGGCGGAAGAGGAUCUGGAGCAGUGCGACGAAGUCAGGCAACCCCUAGAGUGGGCACUGGAAGAGUGUGAACCUUGCAGGUUCUCAAGGACAUUGCUGUGAAGAUGUGUACAUAGGAAGGAGGGAACAAUCAGAACUGCUGCACUUAAAAUAAUGGGUGAAUGGAGUGUUUGUGCACAGGCUUAAACUCUGGCAUCACUGUCUUGUGUCUGAGCAGGAUGGAGGCAUAGGAGUGAGUUGAAAGGAGUGUGCUCAGAAACCACCUCUUCAAGGAAUUUUCUUUUCUUUCUUUUUUGUUAAAGUAGUGCAAAUAAUUUGUGCUGCUUGUAGAUUCCAAAGGCUGCUGUUGCUGAACAUGUAAAACACUCUUUUUGUUCCCUGAAGGAGAUAACACAAUUCUAAAUUCUUUUAAAAUGAACCAAAGCUCAUUUGAAACCAGCAACUUUUUCUUAAUCUGAGGAGCCAGGAUUCUACGGGUCUCCUGCUGUUCAGCCUUUCUCUCUUGUCUUUCCACCUUCACCUUUGGUUCAAGCAGUCCCGAAGCUUAGAAGCAAGUCCUAGUGCAAAACAAAAUUGUAUAAUGUGUUGGUGAGAAUUGUUGCUGAUCAUGUAUGUAUAAUGCUGGGUUCACCACUUCAGUUGUGUGGUUUUUCUGGGAACCUCUACAACAGACUUGCUUAGAGUGCUGGUCACUCCUCCAGAAGAAAUACGAAGCAUCUGAACUGGCCAGGGAUAAAUGCCAUUCUCCAGCCUCCUAAAGUUUUGUGUCCAUUCUCUACCACUACAUGGGAGGUGUUGUGUAUGGAGAAGGCCUAACAAUUAUGUGAUGCUCUUUCAAUAACUUGAGAGAAUGCAAUUGUGGUGCUCUCUCUUUCUGAGUUAAAAGGGGGGGGGGAGAAGAAUCUGGCUUCCAGUCCUUCUCUUCAUGAAAGAGCAGUAGAUGCUAAUCAUCAGAAUGCAGAAUGGGAACUAGAUGAAGGUCAGGGAAUCAGCAUGUUCCAGUCCUUCUGAGUCCCACUCUCCAAGCUGUAUAAAUAGUUAAGGUCAUUUUUUUUCUGCCCUGUGUUUUUAAAACGGCUGGGGUGGGGGUGGGGUAGAAAGGUGGGGGUGCAGGGAUUAUAAACUUGCAUGAAUGUGGGUUAAGCCUUUAGUAAUAGGCAUGCGUCCCUUUUGUAGCGAAAUGAAUGUUUUGUUGAAAGGCUUCUAUACUAGAUGCCACUUUUCCCCCUGCUGCCCCUUUCAUGGCAAGCGUUUUGGGUUUCUCCGCUAUGACAUGCAUUGGUUUAAGUUGUUGUAAAGCCUUUAGUUUUGUAGGACUUCAUCACAAAGGAUUACACAGUGUGAUGGGGUUGCUUUAUGGAGUCAUGUAAAUUAUAAUUAUCAAUAAACAUGGACAUGUUUAACUGUU